AUGGAUAGGCAAUUCACUAGUGCAAACACACCUAAUUUUGUAAUACUGCAGGUCACUGAUACCGAGGGAAAUGAUGAGAGAGCCACUCGGAUCGUAUCUCAGAGCACCCAGGAAUCUGUAUCCUACGAUGAAGAAUACGAUCCAAAUAAAACCUACACCCGAGGUCCCUCCGAUCGAGGCAGUCAGCGUAUACCUACAUCUAACGAAAACCCUUUCCAAACAGGUCUUCUCCUUCCUCGUCGAAAACUGCACGGAUCUACAUUCACAGACAAUAACCCAUUCCGUACCGAUCGGUUCACCACACCUCAGGACGAACCUGGGCAGCUACUUGGUGACUCAUUUCAACAUUCACCAAUCAUUCAAGGUUCACUAGACGACAACGAUCUCAAGGACUUACGAGAAGGCUUGAAAUCUGCAUUGGGUACAACGAAUGAAAACGCCAAAUGGUUCCCUGUUGCUACUCCCACAAAAGAAGAACCACCAAAGUUUCCAAUAAUCAAAUCGAGGGAUGAUGUUAGCGAAAAUGACAAUUAUACCACAAACAUACCACUUCAAGAUCUUAGUCUACUACAGAGAGCUCGAUCUGGUGACGGAAGCAGAUCCUCGUUGCACUCACCUUCGCCAUUUACUGAUUAUAAUGACAAUACAUCGCUACAGAAACCACGAUCGCCAAAUCGAGGUACGGAACCAAAUUUGGACUACCUCGAAGCGGGCCUUUUGAAUCCUCAUGGAAACAAAGAAGUUCCCGCUCAUGCAUCAUCAAAGAUUACCAACGCAAUUGCUAGAAUAUCGAAUCGUGUUGCCGGUACAGGUGAUAAACGAGAUGAUCAAUCUGAAAAGGAGCAACUAGGAUUGGCUCCAGUGAAAUCACACGGGAGUUCACAUUUGAAAACACCCGUGAAGGAGUACCCAUCAUUUAUGGAGGCAGGAGGAGAACAGUCGUUUAGAUUGAGUCCGAGUCCUGGUAAGGAGUCCAAAAACUUGCCCGAAUUUACCGUCACCACUGACAAAGGCGAAUCAGUAUACAACGAAACUACAUUUUCACAAGGUUUGGGGGUAUACUUGCAUAGCUCGAGUGAUUUGAACCUAGCACAAAGUGCGCUGGUGCAGGAUUUUUCUGCGGAGGGCUCACUUUUAUAUCAAAGAGCACCUUCUAUUCAAACACAGCACACGGAUGGCACCGUUCGAUCACAUAGACAAGUAUUGUAUGGCAAAUCGCUUGGAAUUUUCCCACCGGCGUCAAAACUAAGACAAAUGUGCCAUGUGGUGUUACAGAAUCAAUUAACGACCCUGUUUCUAUUGCUCAUUUUAGUGUUUCAAGUGAUAUUAUUGAGUUAUCGUCAAUGGGAUCCACACAACUUGGACGGGUACUAUUACUCAGGCUACAACUGGGCUGACUACUUGCUAAUUGUAAUCAAUGUGAUCUAUACAGUGGAGAUCAUUGGGCAAGUGAUUGCAUACGGUCUUGUUAACGAUCGAGCCAUGUUUAAAGAGUUGGGAGUCGAAUAUCCUCCUGAUAUUUUUGAUUACACUGGUUUGCAAAUUCGUCGCAUUGUGGAUGUUUUCAAGAGUACUUUCGUGCACCCUUUCAAGAGAAACCACAAGGUAAGCAAAAGAGAAAUGAGGAAGGAUGAAUUAGGAGAGGAAUCCAACGAUUCUAGCGGCGACGACCAACAACACAAUUACAAUAACGGUGAUAUAAACAACGAUGAUAGUGGCUCUUUUGAACGGUUACUUGAUUCACGAACCUCGGUGGACUACAACUUGCAAAAUAAAUACGAAUUUGAUCUGUUUCACGAAGAUGGCAGAGAAGACACGUCGGAGCCAUUAAAGACAAAGACUGGCCCACCAGAAGGCUACAGAUUGAGAUCAGCAAAUACAUUUUUCAAAGGCAAUCAUCAAAAAACACUCGACCCGCAGUUGAAAAGAGCAUUUCUUAGGAAAAGUUGGCAAAGACUUGAUUUCAUUUCCCUGUUUUGCUUUUGGAUAUCCCUUUUGUUAUCCAUUAACCACUAUGAUGCAAAACACCACAUCAUGCUUUUUAGAGCUUUAAGUUGUUUACGGAUCUUGAGAUUGUGUAACUUAACGGUUGGUACCAAUACGAUUCUUACCGCUUGUAAAAUCGCAUUACCGCAACUCAUCGAUGUGUCCAUCUUUAUAUCCUUCUUUUGGUUAUUUUUUGGUAUUAUUGGAGUACAAUCAUUCAAAUCAUCAUUUACGAGGCAUUGUGUGUGGACAAAUCCCGAUGAUCCGUCGGACACCUUUGUCAAUUCGGAUCUGUAUUGUGGAUCAUUUAUUGGCCUCGAUGGUCUGAAACGAUCCUAUUUGACACGAGAUGGGAAGUCAUCGGGCGUGAUAAAGGGCUAUCGAUGUCCCAAGUAUUCUCAAUGCAUAUCGGGAGAAAACCCACACAAUGGUACUGUCAGUUUUGACAAUAUAUUACAAUCGUUGGAGAUGGUUUUUGUAAUAAUGAGUGCAAAUACCUUCACCGAUAUUAUGUACUACACAAUGGAUACUGAUAACAUGGCUGCGUGCUUAUUCUUUAUUGCGUGCAUCUUUGUCAUGACUGUGUGGUUACUCAAUGUUUUUAUUGCUGUGAUUGUUGCCUCGUUCAAUGUUACUAGGUUGGAAGUUGCAAAGCAACAAAAGAGACAAGGGCUAGGGUGGAGGUUUAUUAGAACGUUCAACGAAGGAAGCGAACAGUACGAUGAGAAGGUCAAAGAGUUGGAGCAGAGGAAUCGAUAUCUCAAGCUUUAUCGCAAGUUUGAGUUUUUGUUUGUCAUUGUCAUUGUGGUGAGCUUGUUUGUUCAAUGUUUUCGAUCACAUCGAAUGUCAGAGUAUCGUCGUCAUUUGCUUUAUCGUUUUGAAGCAAGUUUCACCAGUGUGCUUUUAGGCGAAAUUAUCAUUAGAUUUAUUGUUCAUUUUCCUCAAUGGCGGUUGUUUUUCCUUUCCAAGAGAAACUGUUUCGACCUUUUUUUGGCGAUUGUCACUUUCAUCAUUAUCAUAAAGCCAUUGAAGGAGAAGAUGGGCCACGUAUAUUAUUGGCUAACCGUGUUUCAACUAAUGCGGUUUUACAGAGUCGUGUUGGCCACUUCCAUCACAAGGACAUUGUGGUUGAAAAUUAUGAAAAACAUUCGUAUUAUUUUUGAUUUGGCAUUGUUUUAUUUCAUUUUAUUGUAUUUGGUUAGCAUCAUUUUAGCAAGGUUUUUCGAAGGUACCAUCCCGCAUGAUGAGCUUGAUGAUGUGGAAUGGCCCAUGAAUACUUUACCUGCGUCAUUUAUUGCAUUAUACAUAAUCACAUCAACUGAAAAUUGGACCGAUGUUAUGUACUCAUUACAAGAAUACGCAGGAACAACAUCCGCAAGAUCCUUUGGAUCAAUUUUUUUAGUUAUGUGGUUUAUUCUAUCCAAUAUGGUGAUUUUGAGUAUCUUUAUUGCCGUAAUUGCAAACACGUUACAAGUUUCAGAAGAAGGCAAGAGGAAACGUCAACUCUUGCAAUUCAUUGAAGUCAUGACAAACAAGUUACAAAGUGUACAUGAAGAAUCCGGGUUGUUGAAAAAAGUGAAAGCCAAAUUGUUUAAACGGAAAGGUGACAACGAUGAAUUGGAAAAAGCUGUGGUGAAUUUGUUACUCAGUGGAACUGCGGUGCAAGAGUUUUUGAAUCGCGACUUGGACGCAGAUAUUGAAGAGGAAGAGGAAGAGGAUGAAGAGCCAGGAGACGAGAUGAGGGAAUUGUCAUCCACUAAAUGGAAACGAUGGAUUCAAAUUAAUACAGCUCGGAUGAUUAAUACAUUUAGUAAUCCUUUUCAUUUCAAUAAUAGGAAAAAGAAGACCAAAUUUAAGCUCGAAAAUUUUGAUCCGUCAAGUUUUGCAAACAAUAUCAUUAAGGAGAGAAAUGCAUUAUUGAGUCAACAGAAUAAAUUUUUGGAAGCCAACCCAAGGUACAACUACGUUUUUUACAUUAUGGGCCCUCGACACAAGGUGCGGAGGUUGUGUCAAAGAAUGGUAAAGUCGAGUCACGGGGAAAGAAUCGACGGUGUUCCACCAUACAGACCGGUUUCUGAAGGUAUUGUUGUUCUCACUUUUCUUGCCACAGUUGCGUUAGUUGUACUUGCAUGUUACAUGACACCAAUCUUUAGAAUGCAAAAUAGUGGUGAAGAUUGGAUUUUCUGGUCAGAGUAUGUAUUUGCGGUAUUUUUCACGAUUGAAUUUUUGAUUAAGGUUCUUGCUGACGGGUUCAUAUUCACACCCAAUGCAUAUUGUCGCUCAUCGUGGAAUUUGAUUGACUUGAUUGUCUUGAUUUCAUUGUGGAUCGAGUCGAUUGCGUAUUUGAGAAACGAUGCCAACUUGUCGAGAAUUGUUAGGGGUUUAAAAGCAUUGAGAGCAUUGAGACUUUUGACAAUUAGUGAGACUGCGAAAUCCAAUUUUCACAAUACAAUGAUUGCUGGGUUUGGGAAGAUCAUCAAUGCAGCUAUUAUCUCCCUUUGUUUGUUGUUUCCAUUUUCAAUUUGGGGAUUGAACAUCUUCAAUGGACGAUUGGGAUACUGUAUUGAUCUGGAGUCGACAGAAGAUGAAUGCAUCAAUGAGUAUAAAAAUGAAGUGUUUGAUUGGGAAAUUUUGAGUCCCAAUGUGUACACUAAUCCUCAAUUGGAAUUUAAUAGAUUCGCAACAUCGUUUGCUUCGUUGUAUGAGAUUGUGUCAUUUGAAGGCUGGACCGACUUGUUGGCAAACGUGAUGCAAAGUACAGGUAUAGGAACAGUACCGGAAAAGAAUGCUUCGCCAUUUAACGGGUUUUUCGUGGUGCUCUUCAAUUUCAUUAGUACCGUGUUUAUCUUGACAUUGUUUGUCUCAGUCAUUAUCAGCAAUUAUUCAAGAACCACCGGGAGAGCAUACAUGACAACAGAUCAAAUAUCGUGGUAUCAAAUAAAGAAAAUUUUGGUGCAAGUUCGUCCGUCAAAGCGAAAGGACUACUACCUGUUGUCCUUUUUCAGAAGAUUUUGUUACAAAAUGACGGUGGAGAAAAACCCCAUUUGGCAUAGAAUUUUGAAUUGCGUGUUGGCGUUCCAUGCGUUAGCAUUGUUGCUUGAGUGCUUUCCCUCCUCGGAUGCUUUAAACCUUUUUAGAACUAUAGUAUACACAAUUACAUCGGUGCUUUUCUUUUUGAAUGCAGUGAUGUUGGCAAUUGCACAAGGUUUUAAGACAUAUUUGCAUUACAAGUGGAACAUAUUCAAUUUGUGUGUUUCAUUUGGGGCAUUCACAACAACAGUUAUUGCAUUCCCCGUGGAUGACAAUUCUCCAUUUAUGAAUUUCAACAAGUUAUUCUUAGUGGCAAUUUUGUUGUUUGUUAUUCCCAGAAGUAACCGAUUGAGUCAGUUAUUGCGUUUCGCGUCGGCUUCGUUGCCAGCAUUGAUAUCAUUGUCAUAUACCUGGAUCAUUGUGUUCUUAGUGUUUGCCAUUGCCAUGAAUCAAAUUUUUGGUAUGACACGUCUUGGUCCCAAUGGAUCGGGAAAUAUAAACUUGAGAUCAGUUCCCAAAACAUUGAUUGUUCUAUUCAGAUGCAGUUUUGGAGAAGGUUGGAAUUACAUCAUGGAGGAUUAUACUGUUUCGACGCCAUUUUGUACAUCAGAGGGAAGUUCUGAUCGAAACGAUUGUGGCAGUAAGCAGUAUGCUUACAUUUUAUUCAUUGCCUGGAAUUUGAUCUCAAUGUACAUUUUCCUCAAUAUGUUCAUAUCAUUGAUUUUGGACAGUUUUGAUUACAUUAACCAAAAGACUGAUUAUAGUGAAUUGAUUCAACGUGAAGAAAUUCGAAAAUUUAAACGAGCAUGGCAAAAGUUUGAUCCACAAGGAAGUGGAUACAUUAAGCCCAUUGAUUUGCCCAAAUUGCUUCACUCAUUAGAAGGUGCACUUUCAUUUAGAUCCUAUCAUGGAGAAUUGGAAAUCAAGGAGCUUUGUCGUAAAUGGAUCAAGAGAAAUAACCCUAAUGAUCCAUAUGAUGUUACUGUUGAUUUCGAGUGUAUUGAUGAAACAAUGAAUCAAAUGGAUAUUCCAAAGAUUAGAGAGAGGAGGAAAGCAUUUGACAUGUUUGUUGAGGAAGCUUUAUUGACAAUGGAACUUAAUGAAGAUCCAGGUAUAUCUUUCACUCGAAUCAUCUUGCAAUUGCCAUUGUAUACAACAUUUGAUACCGGGAAGUGCUUCAAUCUUAUUGACUACUUAGAACGUCAGUUGUUGACCAAUAAAGUGAUCAAAAAGAUGCACACAAAGAGAGUUUAUGAAAGCAUUGCUGCGUAUGCAUGUAGAUGGAAGUACCAAAAGGAUAGGAAGUUGGGAAUCAGAGAUAGCAAUAUUGCUUUUGAUACAAGGUUACAAAGGACAAGCUAUUUGGCGAAUGAAGACUUGCAGAUAAACACAGACUAUCCUCGAAGAUCGGUUACUGAUGAAAAUGCCGGUCCCCUUGAGCCAACACCAGAUUUAUACACGAGUAACACUGGAAACGACGAUAAUGAUGAUGAUGACGAUGAUGAUGAUGAUGAUGAUGAUAAACAACCACUCAAACGAAGCUCAGUCAUCUAUGGCGACCCAGGUAUGUCCACUGGAGUGUACUAUCCAAAUUCACCGCUUUUGAAAACAUCAAAUCAGAUGCUGGCAUCCUCACCUCCCAAAUCGAGGAAACCGAAUUUAUCAAUCAAUAUCCCCGACACCAGUUUUGAAGAGUCGAGAUUGGUUGAUGAUGAUAUAACGUAUUCGCCAUUCGCCGAUAGCGCCGCUCAAGAGAACCACACAUCAAAUCAAAGAAAAUCAUUAGAAGAAAUGAUUGAAUCAUCGAGAUGGAGAGAUGCAUUGAGUGAUUACAAACACAGGAAGUAG